UCAAAAAGCGACGAGCCCCCGCUCCCGGCGCCGAUGCGGCCGCAGCGGCGCCGGCGGCUCCGGCGGCGCUGAGACUGAGAGCGCACCACUCCGCAGCCACAGGCGGACCGGAUCGACGAUGCCUGCGGCCUCCGCCGCCGUCCCAGCGAGGCUGAAGCGGGAGGACUACCCACGCACCAAGCACGACUCCCUCUUCUCCCCAUGGAAGGUUCUUGUCGGGCCGUCGGACUGGGAGGACCACGCCGCCGGCAAGGAAGGGAUCCAGAGGUACAGGGUGCUCAACCUGCCGGAGAACUUCCCUGGCCUCUACGAGCUGGGCGUCGCGAGGGCCUCCGACGAGGGUAUCAGGGCGGCUCGGCGGUGGAAUGGAUCCGGUGGUGGUGGCGUCGUCGUCGUGUACCUCGGGCAGGCCGACAGCGUCAGGGCGAGGCUCCAGCAGUACGGCCGGACGGGAUCGCACUUGGACGCCGGGAACCCACCGCCGUCCGCCGGCGAAGCGGAGACGAAUACGCGGGCGACGGGGAAUGGGUUGUUCAGGGAAGUUUUCGUCAGAGGCUACUCCUUGGUGUUCCGAUGUGCUCUGAUGGGUAACAAACAAGAAGCUGAGAAGACUGAGGCUCGGCUGCUUAGAGUGUUUGAUUACGCAUGGAACAAGCUUCAGAACGGUGGUCUUCGCCGUGAAGAAAUACUUAUCAAGUUAGAACAAGGGGCAGUCAACAAUAGAUCAUCUCUGCUUAGCAGAGUACGGCACUUCAAACAGGAAGUGUUCAGAGAGAAAGCAGGUAUAAAGAUAAGCAGAAAUGGGUCUGUUGAUGUCUCAUCUGGCAUUAUGAAAAAUAUGCUCCCAAGAAUUCGAACAUUUGUUGGCUUCAGACCUCAGCUAGUUAACUCUGGUGACAAUGUUGACAAGGAAAUUGGCAUUCGCUGGAAAAAUACAUCUGAAGGUAACAGUUAUGGCAAACAAGCACGUCGAAGUUCUGAAGGAUACAAAGUCAAAAGAGUCAAUGUUAUAAAACGAAGAACUAUGCCAGAACAAGAUUCUAACGAUGUUUGUGGAGUGAUGCUGGAAGAUGGCUCCUCUUGUCUUGACCAUCCAGUACAAGGAAGGAAGAGGUGUGAAUUACACAAAGGUAGAAGACUAGGAAGAAUCACAGUCAAUCCUAAAGGCUCCUCUUGUAGCUAUUCUUGCCAAGUUGAGAUUCCAGUUGUUGAAUCCAUAUCUCCACUAACUGAAAAUGAAAGCGAGUCAGAUCAAGCACAGCAAACCAGUGAACUCCUCUCCAAAUUUUUGCCAGCAACAGUGAAAAAAUCAUCAAGACCAUGGUAUAGCUUUGAAGCGAAAGAAAUAAAAACUGGAGAAGCUCCUAUAGAAGAUGGAAAACAGGAAACCUCUGAGGUCAUUGAUAUCUGUGAAGCCAAAAAGAGUGACAACUCUGCCUGCACCAACAAAGUAAUUUCAGGAAGUAAAAAAUGUCAGCUGCAUAAUGGUUGCAAAGCAGAAGAGUUUGUUUCAUCUCGAGUCAUUGAUUUGCUCCAGAAUGAAGAAAAGGUCAAAAGCAUGACAGUUGACAAGCUCAGUGGGGAGGAGAUUUCUCAUGGUAAAUAUCAGUCCCAAGAGAAUCAGCCUUCCGGAAGAAUGUGGUUUGAGCUGAUCAAAUUGCAGAAUCCUACCAGCACACUGUCAUCCAAAGGCCAGGGACGUCAGAAAAGAGUGACAGGCAAUGUCGCAGCUAUCUGUGAAGCGUUGACGGACAACAGAUGCCGUGAAACAAUACCAAUGGCAGGAAGAGAAAGAUGCGAUGCGCAUGAAGGAAUAAAGGUCACCGAUGCUUCCUCUGUACCGUUUUCCGGAAGCUCAGGAUGGCCAUCAAUCUGUGGUGCUCGAGCUUCGGAUGGUUCUCCUUGUAAGAAUCAGCCAAUUGCAGGGAGAAAGAGAUGCGCGAUGCAUAAAGGCCAAAGAGCAUGUCGGACCCCCUCAAUCGACUGAGCAGACAUGAUAUGAGUGAUGCUCAAUUGCUUACGUUCAUUCAGUCAUUUGUUGUAAUAGCAUUUUCAGUAAGGAAAAGUAAACCAAAGAAAGCUGUUUUCUUGCCCCGAGUUUUGAUUGGUUAUUCGUUGCUGCUUGUAAACCAAAAUAGACAGUCAAACAAACCAUGUAACUUGAUACAACUUUUUUUAGGGACUCAACCUCUAUUACCUGAACAUCGCGCAUUUGCCAUCUAAUGCACCAUAGGGCAUUGGUUAUAAACUUGUGCUUUCAAAGUGCAAAGAGAUACACUCUUCCAAAUUCCAA